AGUCCGAUGCAGAUCUCUGUAAAAUUGUGGAAAGUGAUGUUUUGUUGUAUCUGUGACUAUGGCUCUGAAAAGAAAGUCGUUUUCCACGGACGACUAAGGGUUGGACAAUCAGACGGUCCUGGCUGUUCAAUCCCUAUUGGACGGACAGGGUGGAGUCACAGACCCAACCAAUCAGAAUGUUUCGGCCACUUCUACCAUUCAGCCAAUGGACGAUGAGGAUGUCUUCCUGUGUGGGAAGUGCAAGAAGCAGUUCAACUCGCUGCCAGCCUUCAUGACCCACAAGCGGGAGCAGUGCCAGGCUAACACGCCCUCCCUGGCCACCGUCUCGCUGGCCUCCAGCAAUGUGUACACCUCCGUCCCUUCCAUCAGCUCUGUGCAGCAGAACCCCUCCUCCAGUAGGCAGCAAGUGUCCACCUACAUCACAGUGCCCCAGUCGCCUCUCGCUCACGCGCUGGUCCAGGGGAAUGUGCUAGUCAGCGAUGAUGCGUUGAUGUCAGCCAUCUCUGCCUUCUCCUCGAUGGACCAGCCCAUGACUGCCAUGCAGCCACCUGUUCAGAGUAACCUGAGCAUGCACACAGGCUCACCCUAUCUGCAGCAUGGCCCACCCCCUAGCCAGGCUCCAUCACUCUCCUCGCAGUCCAGCAAUGCCGUGGUCCAGAUCUACAGCACACUGCCUCCCAUGGCAGGGAAUGGAACAGCAGAGGUCCAGACCCUGGGUCUUCAGCAGUUCCAGCAGGUACAGGUACCCAGCCAGUGUGUGGAGAGCAUUGCCUUCAACACGCCUCCGGUUUACAGUCCAGGGAAGCAAGGCUUUAAGACCAAAACCAGCAGCAUCUCCACAGGCUUGAGCAACAGCAACCCUGGAGAGCUGCCAGACUUUGAUCAGGCUGCCAAGCCUCGGCCCUCUAAGAAUGAUGUGGAUGGACAGGAAGGUGUCCCAGUAAAAGGAAAGGCGCAGAAACUAAAGUGCAAUUUCUGCGACAAAACAUUCACCAAGAACUUUGAUUUACAACAGCACAUUCGGAGCCACACAGGGGAGAAGCCGUUUCAGUGCAUCGUGUGUGGCCGUGCCUUCGCUCAGAAAUCCAACGUGAAGAAGCACAUGCAGACCCACAAGGUGUGGCCCUCGGGCAUGGGCACCACUGUCUCCCGGCUGCCCAUCACUGUCAGGGUGGUGCCGGUGACCGGCAGCGAGGAGAGAGUGCAGCUGACAGAGAAGGAGAACACAGGUGAAUGUGAAGGAGCAGACAGCGAUGCCCCUGUGGAGGCAGACUGCCAGGAUGGCAAGCUCAAGCCUGCAGGGAAAGCGGAGAACAAGCAGGUCGUCUUGAUAGACAGCUCCUACCAGUGUCAGUUCUGCGCCAGCAAGUUCAACACCUACUUCCAGCUCAAAUCACACAUGACCCAACACAAGGACGAGCAGGUGUACAAGUGUGUGGCGAAGCCCUGCUCUCUGACCUUCCAGAAGCUGGAGCUCUUCCUGGAGCAUAUCCAGAGCCACCAGGAGCAGCUGACGUACCGCUGCCACCUGUGCUGUAAGGUCUUCACCUCGCUGUUCGACCUGGGCGUGCACCAGUACUCCCAUAACUACUGUCCACAGCAGAGCCCUCGGAAGGAGCCCACCUUCUACAGGUGCUUGAAGUGCCAGAGCAAAUAUUCAACACAGGAGGCCCUGGACCAGCAUCUUCAAACAGCUUCUCACAACUUUCCUUGUCCCCACUGCCAGAAGGUGUUCCCGUGUGAAAGGUACUUUCGCCGCCAUCUCCCUACGCACGGGGUGGGUGGAAAGUUCAAAUGCCAGAUCUGCAAGAAGUUCUUCAAGACGGAGCACUACCUCAAACUGCAUACCCGCAUUCACUCCGGAGAAAAGCCUUAUAAAUGCAGUGUAUGCGAUGCCACAUUCAACCGCAAGGACAAAGUGAAGAGGCACAUGCUGAUCCAUGAGCCCUUUAAAAAAUACAAGUGCCCAUUCAGAACACAUGUAGGCUGCACUAAAGAGUUCAACAGACCAGACAAGCUGAAAGCACAUAUACUCUCCCACUCCGGCAUCAAGCCCUACAAGUGCCAAUACUGUCAGAAGGCAUUCAGCCGUAGGGCCCACAUGCUGGAGCACCAGCGAUCCCACACAGACAACUACAAGUUCCGCUGCCCUGCCUGCAACAAAGGCUUCACCCGGCAGAAAUACUUCCGGGACCACAAGUGCCCCCAGGCGGGCGGGGCAGAGAAGCAGGGGCCAGACAAAGGCAGAGCCAAAAAGAAGCAGCCCCGCUCCAGGAAGGCUGGAGGAAAUGCCCAGACUGGCGAGGAGGCAAGGCUGUCCCAGGCUGUGAUUGGACAGGACGGGAAGGUGACGGGUCCGGAGCUGGGAGAGGAGGAGGAAGGGAUGCUGGCGCCCCAGACUGUGCUGUCGAUAGUCGUGGGAGAUGAGGGGGUGGAAGAUGACACAGAAGAGCAUGCCAUUCCAGAGGGGGAUGGUUCGGAAGCCUUGGGGAGCAAUGAAGACCUGACUGAACUUCAGACCAGCCCAGAUGUCGCCAUGUUGGCGGUGCCUGUAUACAUACAGACCACAGACUGAGAGAGUGGGCUGGACUCUCUAAUGUUACCUUAGGUAAGGUAAUCCAAGAUUAGUUCUUAAUUGAGAUCUGUAAAAACCAGACCAUUGCGUUAUAAAAAUAACCAUCCUGUUCACCUGGAUUCUGCAUUCCACGGACUAAUAGGCCAUAUUGGGACAAAAACAUUCCUGUUGCAGAACAUCAGCAGUGCAAGCAGCGUCUUGUGCGUUUUAGUUUGGAACUCUCAAAAAUGUGAUUUUAGUUUUUAUCUUUGCAUUACUCCCUGAGAGCUACAGUACAGUCUUAACAUUUCCAAGGAGGUUUGUGUGCAUCAUGCAGGCAGGUUCACAGAUCCAAGUUAUCCUCAGGGAGGAUUGCAGUCUGCAGCGUCCUGGUUUAGAGAGGUGAGAGGGCUAACCACUUAGCCAAGGCACCUCUCGUCACGUUUAAAAUAUUGAGAAUCUAGGGUGUGGUUCUGCUAGAGACACUGGUAAAUCCUGCCAGCAAAAGCUGCACAGUGGACUUGUAAAUGCAAACACUAUUUCAGGGUGUUUUAUAUUAAAACGUUUUAGAAUCAAAAGUAUACAAAAAAACAAAGCAGAAGCACGCCGCUGUCAUACGUUUUUCUACAGCUUUCUUCUGCAUUGUUUAUUACGUAUUCUUCUGCUCAUUUUCCAUAUUUCACAUUCUUUUUCUAGUUUUGUAUUUUAUUUUGUUGCAGCAGUUAAAUGUGUUAUUGCUACUACUGAUAACAACCAAAUGUGGUUCCGAUGUGAUUGUAUUGUGUUACACUUAUCAUCAUGACACGAUGGAUAAUUAUUUGCAAAUCAUUUACAUUUCUUUAAUAAAAUAAAUAAAUAAAUACUGAAAUUAAAAUAAACAGGGGGAUUUGUUUAAUCUACUUGUUUCUCAUGUCAUAUUUCAACU